UAAAACCCGAAAUAGAAAAGCAGGGGAGAUCUCCGUUGGUCGAGUUAAUACUCCACCCAACGACAUUAAUUCGUAGUUAGGGACAAAGGGGGCUUCAGUUAUAAUCCUGUUCUUGUCUUAAUCUCCUCUCUCCCUAAAAAUCGAUUAUUUUUUUCUCCAAAGCGAUGGCGGCAGAACGGAAAAAGGAAACGAUUCGUCUGGAGCCCGAAUCCGUCAUCCCUAUCCUCAAACCUAAGCUCAUCAUGACCUUGGCUAAUCUCAUAGAACAUAGCAAUGAUAGACAAGAGUUUCUCAAGCUCUGCAAGAGAAUUGAAUACACUGUCCGAGCUUGGUAUAAUCUUCAGUUUGAAGAUUUGAUGCAACUCUACUCUCUUUUUGAUCCUGUACACGGUGCUCAGAAACUCCAGCAGCAGAACCUAACUUCUCAGGAAAUUGAUGUGCUUGAACAGAAUUUCCUCGCUUACUUGUUUCAGGUUAUGGACAAGAGCAACUUUAAAAUAACAACAGAUGAUGAGAUCGAGGUUGCACGCUCUGGGCAGUAUCUUCUUAAUCUUCCCAUCAAAGUUGACGAGUCAAAGCUUGACAAGAAGCUACUCAAGAGAUAUUUUGAGGAGCACCCACAUGAAAAUCUUCCAGACUUUUCUGAUAAUUAUGUCAUCUUCAGGCGUGGUAUUGGGAUGGAUAAGACCACCGAUUUCUUUUUCAUGGAGAAAUUAGAUGUGAUCAUAUCACGUAUUUGGUCAUGUUUCCUGAAAAUCACUUGGUUAGAUAAGUUACGUGCCAAUCGGUCAAGCAGACAUCAAAAGAAAGAUCCCAAAAAAGAUGAUGAGACAAACCCUGAAGCAGAUGAUGAGGACUUGUAUGUGGAGCGUAUUCGCCUUGAGAAUACCCAAUUGAGCGUUAAGAGUUUCUUGAGCAAGCUCACGAUACAAGAGCCUACAUUUGAUAGAAUGAUUGUUGUUUAUAGGCGAGCCAGCUCUAAAACAAAUCUAGAACGAGGAAUUUACGUCAAGCAUUUCAAAAACAUUCCUAUGGCCGACAUGGAGAUUGUGCUUCCUGAGAAAAGAAAUCCUGGACUGACUCCAAUGGAUUGGGUCAAAUUUCUGAUAUCUGCCGUAGUUGGUCUGGUUGCCGUUGUCACUUCAGUUGAGAUGCCGAAAGCAGACCCAUGGGUAAUCUUUGCAGUUCUCUCCACAGUGGUUGGUUAUUGUGCCAAAACAUACUUCACUUUCCAGCAGAACAUGGCGACGUACCAGAACCUGAUAACGCAGUCAAUGUAUGAUAAACAACUAGACAGCGGGAAGGGAACGCUAUUACACUUGUGCGAUGACGUUAUUCAGCAAGAAGUUAAAGAGGUGAUGAUUUCCUUCUACAUACUAAUGGAGCAGGGGAAAGCUACCUUGGAGGAUCUGGAUCUGAGAUGUGAGGAACUGAUAAAGGAAGAGUUUGGUGAGAGGUGUAACUUUGAUGUGGACGAUGCAGUUCAAAAGCUAGAGAAGUUGGGGAUUGUUGCGCGUGACACCAUCGGAAGGUACUACUGCAUGGGGCUGAAGCGAGCCAACGAGAUCAUAGGGACCACCACCGAGGAGCUUGUCCUUAAGGCCAAACAGGGCGUCACCCCUUCUUGAACUCUUGCUACCUACUCUUCUUUAACAUUUGUUCUCUUCUCAUUUCACUAAAACUCUUAAGUGACUAAUGUUUUGUCGGUUGCUUACAAUAUCCAAAUGCAACAAAUCAAUUCACCGAAAAUAAUUGUCUGAUAUGAACGCAUGCAAGAUACAAUAUUGAACUAUAUUGAUACGGGGCAA